ACUUCCUCUGUCUGCUUUCCAGUGGCCACAAGGUGAACAGGUCGGCUCCAUCAUGGUGUUCCUCCUCACCACAGGCCCCGGGGCGGGGGACACAGCCCACCACCGACUGAAACCGUGAGCCAGAACACAUCUCUCCUCCUUGCAGGUUGUUUUUCUCGGUUGCUUUAUCACAGGGACAGAGAGCUGACUUCACAGCUCUCUGAGCCUCAGACUUUGUUUUUGUUUUUAGUUAGUCAAAGGCAAAUACUUCCUCCUACCUAGCCGUGUUCUGAGAUCAGCAAUCAGCUAUGCACACGCAGAGGUCGGCCGUGGAAGGGCAGUGUGUGGGAUGUUGACUCAUCUGCAGGUCUGGUGUGGAUGUGAGCGUGGGACACUGAGCGUGGCUCACUCUGUUGGUUCUGCUGAGGUUGGGGGGUCGAGUUCCUGUCUGCAGUUAUCUACCUGGUGUUGUCUUUGAACUCUCCCUGGCUUCCUCCAGGCUAGCGAACUGUCCACGACCUGCACUGACCCGGGGUACACCAUCCAGGAUCUGUUGGGCCUCAGAUCCGCAGAGCGGCACUGCUCACCCUUGCAGGCGCUUGGGUUCAAACGCAGAGUCCAACGGGGCAGGUGUGGGCUGGGGCACCAGCCUCUGCACUUCCCAGGUAAUGCCCUGGCUGCUGGCUGGCCAGGCUGGGCGGCCAGGCCACUUGGCAGGGCUUCCCCACCUCUGCACCAACCGGGACACCUGGGGACGGAUAAGUCCUUGUCAUGGCUUGCUUCUGAGCUGUCUUGUGCAAUGGGCUGGAGUCCACUAGGUGCAGGUAACCCCACCUCCGUGCUCCAGCUGUGACAUUCAAAAAUGCCUCCGAUUGUGACCAGGUCCCCAGGGGGACGAGGCCACCGGGGUGAGAAGCCACACCUUGCGGGGCGCGACAAUCAAGGGUGAGCCUGGUGCCGCUGGCCGAUCGCCACUGACAGCUGAGCGCAGCCCAGCACAUGUGAUCUCCUUUCCUCACGAUCUUUGGAGGACGAGUGCUGGAGACUGUCGGAAAUCCAGCCCCAGGAAGAUGAGGGUCCUUUUCCUCCUGCUGGUAUUUCUGGGGGGAACCCAGAGCCACACAACGUCAAGGCCGAACAUCGUCCUGUUGAUGGCGGACGACCUUGGCAUCGGAGACCCUGGGUGCUACGGGAACAAGACUCUCAGGACACCGAACAUUGACCGGCUGGCCAGCGGGGGGGCCAAGCUGACCCAGCACCUGGCGGCGUCGCCCCUGUGCACCCCGAGCAGGGCGUCCUUCAUGACGGGCCGGUACUCGGUGCGAUCGGGAAUGGCGUCGUGGAACAGAAUUGGCGUGUACAUCUUCACGGCUUCCUCUGGAGGGCUGCCCCCCAGUGAGGUCACCUUCGCCAAACUCCUGAAGAGCCAGGGCUACUCGACGGCGCUGAUAGGGAAGUGGCACCUCGGCAUGAACUGUCACAACAAGACCGACUUCUGCCACCACCCCUUGCGUCACGGCUUCGACGAGUUCUUUGGGAUCCCCACGACCAACCUCAGGGACUGCAAGCCGGGGGAGGGCACGGUCUUCGCCUCGGCCCACCGCUGGCUGGUGUUCGUCCCGCUGCAGGUCAUCGGGCUGGCCGUGCUGACCCUGGGGGCGCUGCGCUGCCUGGGGCUGCUGCGGGUGCCCCCGGGCGUCUUCCUCGGCCUCCUGCUCCUGGUGGCCCUCGUGCUCCUCCUGUUCCUCUGCUGCCUGCACUUCUUCCGGCCGCUCAACUGCUUCCUGAUGAGGAACUACGAUGUCACGCAGCAGCCGCUGUCCUUCGACAACCUCACCCAGAGGCUCACGGCGGAGGCCACCAGCUUCAUACGACGGCACGCCGAGACGCCAUUCCUGCUCUUCUUGUCCUUCGUCCACGUGCACACGGCCCACUUCUCCUCCAGAGAGUUCGCCAGAAAGAGUCGGCACGGCCCUUACGGGGAUGGCGUGGAGGAGAUGGACUGGAGCGUGGGGCAGGUCUUGGAUGUCCUAGAAGAGCUGAGACUGGCCGACAAUACCCUCGUCUACUUCACCUCGGACCACGGAGCCCACGUGGAGGAGGUGACCGCCAAGGGGCAGAAGCAUGGCGGCAGUAACGGCAUCUAUAAAGGAGGGAAAGCCAACAACUGGGAAGGAGGUAUUCGGGUCCCAGGCAUCUUUCGGUGGCCGGGGGUGAUCGAGGCCGGUUUGGAAAUUGACGAGCCCACGAGCAACAUGGAUAUCUUCCCCACGGUGGCCAAGCUGGCUGGGUCACCUUUGCCCAACGACAGGGUCAUCGAUGGCCGAGACCUGAUGCCGCUGCUCCAAGGGAAGACCCGGCGCUCGGAGCACGAGUUCCUCUUCCAUUACUGCAACGCCUACCUGAACGCCGUGCGGUGGCACCCGCCCAACAGCUCCUCCGUCUGGAAGGCCUUCUACUUCACGCCCAAGUUCAACCCCAAGGGCGCCAACGGCUGCUUCAGCACCCACGUGUGCCUCUGCCUGGACGGUCACGUCACCCACCACCAGCCACCCCUGCUCUUCGACCUCUCCACGGACCCCGGCGAGAAGAGCCCCCUCACUCCGGAGACGGAGCCCCGCUUCCAGGACAUCCUGAGGGUCAUGCAGGAGGCCGCGGACCGCCACACCCAGACCCUGUCGGCGGACGUCCCCAACCAGCUGUCCCCGGGGAACACCCUGUGGAAACCCUGGCUGCAGGUGUGCUGUGCCUCCUCCUCGGGUCUGUCCUGCCAGUGUGACCAGCAGAGGCAGGAGCAGGGGACGAGAAACUAGCCGCUGGCCACAGAGAGGCCCGGGGCCACGCUGUCACCGUCCGCAGCAGCUAGGGGCUUGCAGGGCCUGCGGACGUCCGUCCUCGUGGGCCCUCCGUGACCCAAGUCGGAGACGACCAUCAAGUGUAGCAAGAGCUGCUCAGACCUCAGCACGGGCCGCCUUGGGAGGGACGGCGCUUAUAAGGAGGACCAUCAUCGCCAGCAGACGGUGGCGACGUCCAGUCCGGGGUAACGGGAAGGCAAAUGAGUACCGAUCACCCCGAAUACGUGCAACACAGGAUCGACACCACUCACCAUGUACAUCCAGAUAGAGAGACGGACAGAGAGACCCAGGUGUACCUAUAUAUUUAUGUGCAUAGAUACAUCCCCCACGGAUUCCUCCCCUCAGGAGGGUUGACAUGUCAAUGGCCUGCCCCCCCCCACUAUUUAAAUAAAAAUCAAUAAAAGCUAA